CACGUCAAUGUCACAUAAAUUCACAGCUGUUUUCUUGUAUUUAUUUAUUUAUUUUAUUUACUGCAGAGAACUAAUAAAUAAACUGCUGAACAGUUAUAAAUAAUUGAAUGAUUAAUUAAAGUGAAUAAAAUGGAGGAAAUAAAAUAUGGUUACAUUCAAGGUCCUUUCUGUCAGGCCUGUUUAAGUUCGGACCGUAAUGUUACACCAGUCGGCGAAUUUUUUGAAAUACUUAAAAAUAUUUAUUGUGACAUAAACUACAUAUGGCCUCAACCUAUAUACCUAUGCUGGGAAUGUAUGGCUGUGCUAAAAAAGAUAAAACUUUUCAAAACCCGAGUAGCAGAAGCUCAAAAGAUUUUGAUGUACCAUUGUAAAAACAAACAGAAGUCGCUUCUCACAAGCCUAUCGAAUUUGUCAAAAACAUAUUCAGAUCAUACAAUAAAUGUCACAUAUACUGAAGGCAAUGAUGAUUUCAAACAAAAAAUAGAAAUAAAAGAAGAAUUGGAACAAACAAAUGAAGAUUACUUUAAUUUUGAACAAAAUACUGAAGAGAAUAACAGCCUACAAGAAAUAAAAAAAGAAAAUGACAUAGACAGAAAAAUAGAAAAGAAAAAAAAGAAUAAAUCUUUGCAUUACACAAUAGUCUAUGAAAGUGCCAAAAAGGUUUUAAGAAAAAAAAUCUUAAUCACAGAAGAUUGUAAAUUAUGGUUGGAAAGAGAAAAGAAUAGUGAUUUCUAUAAGAAGUUCAAGUAUAAGUGUAAAUAUUGUAUAAAAGGAUUUAACUGUAAGGAAAAACUGAAAAAACAUAUUUUGAAAUAUCAUGAUGAAUCCACAGGCCCACACAUUUGUUCAACAUGCAACACUCGUUUCAAGACUGCAUCAGAUUUAGCCACGCACGCAAAGUUGCAUCAAUAUGCUUGGCAGUGUGUCCGCUGUGGCUUCCAAUGUUAUACAGUCAGAAGAUUGAAUGCACAUAUACAUACACAUAGAACGGUUCAGUGUAAAUACUGUGAUGGGAAAUUUUAUGAUCUGGCAACAUUUUAUACUCACUACAAAUCUCUACAUAGUAUAUAUAUAUGUGACCACUGUGGGAAGCGAUGUAGGACCAAAACUAUUAUGGAAAAACAUAUGAGUGGUCAUAUAGACAGUCACUUGUGCGGCACGUGUCCCCGCCGCUACAAGUCCCGCGCGGCGCUGCGCAAACACACAGCUAUGCAGCACAGCGCGUGCGACUCCGAGCUCGCCUACUGCGUGCAUUGUGACAGACAGUUUGAUAGUGCGCUGGUGUAUAGAAGACAUGUGUUGACUAGCGCAGCGCAUCGGAGUGAGAGGGGGGUGCAAGCUAAAAAAAAUAUUCCGUGUCCGGAAUGUAGUAAUACAUAUUCAAGGAGAGCCUAUAUGAUGAAUCACUAUAGACAUGUACAUAUGAAACAGUCCAAAUAUUACUGCAAUCAGUGUGAUAGGCAUUUUCUUAACCGCACCCGUUACGUGGAUCAUAUGAGAUAUAAUCACGAAGGAGUUAAAAAAGAGAAGAAUAAACUAUGCAAUAUCUGUGGCAGAGGAUUUGCAGCAAACCGCACGCUAACAAACCACCUGCGCACGCACUCGGGCUCACGUCCUCACGCGUGCUCGUACUGCGGCGCGCAGUUCGCGCAGCGCACGUGCAUGCUGGCGCAUGUCAAGCGCGUGCACGCCGACACAAGGCGCCGCUGACGUUGUGCAUACACUAACAAACCACCUGCGCACGCACUCGUACGUAGAUAUAGCCCGCGGCAAAGUUAAUGGCGCUCCGUAACUACUUACCAAGCAUAUAUCGUCAACGUAGAGCAAUAAGCCACUAAGUCCGAAAAAGAAUAGGCAUGAUGACAAAUUUUUAAAUUCCUUUGUAUGAUGUAGGUAUACGUCUAUUUUAUAUGAAAAAUUAUUAAUUUUAAGAAAAUGCGAAGUUUUUUUAUCAAA